ACUUUCCACGAAACACGUUGCGGUCAUGUGACAGCUGCUCGGAACCGGCUGAUAAAAACUGAAAUUAUUCACAAACACACCAGUGUUCUGGUUCUGCCAGAUUCUUUUCCAGGAAGUCCCGCUCCGUCCGUCCUCUCCUCCUGAUUCUGAACAACUGUGACAGUUCACCGGGGGAAUAAUGGCUCGCACAGCCGCAUUGGUGGUCCUGUUUUCGCUCGGUGUCUCGGCUGGAGUGUUUUUCCAGAAACAGCAGCCGUGUUAUGUUCGCACCCCGAGGAAAAACGACUUCGGUCUGAGAACUGCUCCUCGACCUCAUGAGUACAUAAACAUCUCAGAUCUGCCCAAGGCGUGGGACUGGAGGAACAUCAAUGGAACCAACUUUGUCAGCACGACACGCAACCAGCACAUUCCUCAGUACUGUGGUUCCUGCUGGGCUCAUGGCAGCACCAGCGCCAUGGCAGAUCGCAUCAACAUUAAGCGUAAAGCAGUAUGGCCUUCAGCCUACCUCUCCAUCCAGCAUGUGGUCGACUGCGCCGAUGCCGGUUCCUGCCAUGGAGGGGAUCAUAGUGGCGUCUGGCAGUACGCCAACACACACGGCAUCCCAGAUGAGACCUGCAAUAACUACCAGGCUAAAGAUCAGGAUUGCAAUCCCUUCAACGAAUGUGGCACAUGCACCACCUUUGGACAGUGCAACAUAAUCAAGAACUACACCCUGUGGAAGGUGGGAGAUUAUGGAUCGGUCAGCGGGAGAGAGAAGAUGAUGGCUGAGAUUUAUGCCAGGGGACCAAUCAGCUGUGGGAUAAUGGCCACAGACAAGCUGGACGCGUACGCAGGAGGAGUCUACUCUGAAUAUCAGGAGGAAGCUUUCAUCAAUCACAUCGUGUCGGUGGCAGGAUGGGGAGUGGAGGACGGCGUUGAGUACUGGGUGGUCCGUAACUCCUGGGGCGAGCCGUGGGGUGAAAAGGGCUGGCUCAGGAUCGUAACGAGCGCCUACAAAGGAGGAAGUGGCAGCAAGUACAACCUGGCUUUGGAGGAGGACUGCAUGUACGGAGACCCUAUUGUCCCUAAAGAAUAUCUUUAGACCAGCUCAGCCAUCCAUCAAGGGGAAAAGGGAAGCUUUUUGUAAUCUGUUUGAAAGGGAAUGAGUUCAGAUUUUUUUUAAUCAGUGCAUGUCACAUCAAAGAUGUUUACCAGAUAUUACUACAGUCUGUUCAACAGUCUUCCAUCCCUUUUUCUUGCUGAGCAGCAGUAAAUCAGGGUAUCUGCGGGGUCUUAAAAAGUCUUAAAUUAGCUUUUCCAAAUUUAAGGCCUUAAAAAUCCUUAAAAAUGACAAAUAAUCCUUAAAUACAGUUUCCAGAGGUCUUAAAUGACCAAGGACCCAAUAAACAAGAUUUUUUUUUUCUAUAAAAUUUUCGUGAAUUUCUAGUUAGUGUUCAGCAUUUUUUGUGUAUGACAUUGGCGUAAGCGGAACCGUACAUGUUCAGUUGGUUGUGAAAGGGAGCUAUUUUUAGAUGAGCACGUUAGCUGGUUAAGCCAGUGGGAGCUUGCGCCAUGGGGAAGUGGAAGUUAAAUGGUAACUGGAUGACUAAUCCCACGAUCGUGGCGUGGUUAGCAACGGUUCCAGGCAAUAGCUGGAAACUAUAGCUUAAAAUAAAUUUUUAAAAAUGAUAAAUGACCCGCACUUGUAUUGUGCCUGUCAGAGUAAGGACUCCAAAGCGCUUUACAUUACAGUGUAUCAUUGAUCCAUUCACACACACGCAUUCACACCUGAUGGUGAUGAGCUACGAUGUAGCUACAGCUGCCCUGGGGCGCACUGACAGAGGCGAGGCUGCUGAGCACAGACGCCACCAGUCCCCCGACCACCACCAGCAGGCAAGGUGAGUUAAGUGUCAUGCCCAAGGACACAAUCGCAGAAUUCUCUGUCCGGAGUCGGGAUCAAACCUGCAACCUUCCGAUUACUGGACAACCCGCUCAACCUGAUGAGCUACUGCUGCCCUGUUUAAACAGCUUAAAUUUGGUGAAAGUGACCUUAAAAAGGUCUUAAAAAGUCUUAAAUUUGGCUCCCUUAAACCUGCAGAUACCCUGUAAAAACUGUUUUUGUCUUUAGGAUAAGAUCAAACGCUGCUUGUUGAGGAACCACUUAGUUAAUUUCUGGAGUUUAUAAUGUUUAGAGUAUAUGGCUUACUUCAUAAAUGCAACCUACUCAGCCAAAGAGAGCAGUGUUUCCAGUGUGAGCUGCUGACAACGCUGCACUACAGUUCAGAAAACAACCUUAAAUGUGCCUUAUAAGCAUUUGAUGCUAAGCUUAGAUUAAUGCUACGGGUCUGUUUUUAUGCUGAACAAAUUGUACCUCAAGUUAGGCAAGGAAGUGUUUUUCCUGGUUUUUAAUCUGUCAGUAAAUGCAUCGUGAUGCUUCACAUAUUGAUCCUGUCAGUCCAGUUAUCCUGUUUGUAUUUAAUUCAGUUUCUUAUAUCAGCCAAAGUUCUGUAACGCUGCACUUCCUGUCUACAUUAAAUCACUGUGAACAGGU